AAGGACGUGCUUUCGCGAGAUAGGAGAUAGAGUGGACGGAAGGAUGUAGUCGAGGAUAAGGUGGAGGACGAGGGCUUAGAAGAUGACGCCUUAAGUGCCAAGCUGCACGAGAGGACGCGACCGACAAAUGCAGCGGGGCGAGGUACCCACUCAGUCGGCGCCGAUAAUUGCGACUUUGGCUGCCGUAGUUACUUGGCGGUUCCUUCGAAAUCCCCGAUUGUGAAUCGGCCAACUUGUCCCAGGUGACGAGGUCCCCCCUGGGAGGGCAAUUGCCGGGACUGUUGGAAUCGGCGAGUCGUGAGAACCGAGCCAUCAGGACCAGCAGCCUUAGGCGUCCUGCCCGAAGAGAGGAAGAGAUUCCUCGGGACGUUCCCCGAGGUUUAAAACCCCUCUCCAAGGGGUCAUCUCGGGUCGGCUCAGUCGGAUAUGUUGGCUGGUGCGUUUUUCUCGGCCGAUCGAUCCUCGGACCGCCAAGACGUUCCCGAAGAGGCUGAUCAGCUGAUUCCCUCCGGGCGAACCACGGUAGACCCUGCGACCUGAGGAGCCCUGGAAACGAUGAGCCUGUCCAAGAAGUCCAUCGGUGGAUCCAUCCACAGGAUACGAGAGUUCGAGCUCGAGAAGGUAAACCUAUCCGAGGAGUUCGACAUCCUGCAGAUCGUAGGGGAAGGAUGGUUCGGGAAGAUCCUGCUAGCGGAGCACCGAAGUACCCAGACGGAGAUGGUCCUGAAAGCUCUCCCGAAAGCUUACACCGGCAUCACGGAUUUCUACCGAGAGUUCCAUUACGGAUUGCAUCUAUCGGCUCAUCGGAACAUCAUCACGACCUACGAUGUGGCCUUCGAGACAGCCGGGUUCUACGUCUUCAGCCAGGAGUACGCACCCCUCGGCGACCUUACCUCGAACAUCACCGAGACCGGCUUGGGCGAACUGCACGCGAAAAGAGUUGCCAGACAGCUGGCUGCAGCUGUUCAUCACAUACACAGCCGAGAACUGGUACACCGAGAUAUCAAGCUCGACAAUAUCCUCGUAUUCAGGAGCGACUUCUCGAGGAUCAAGCUCUGCGACUUUGGCGAAACUCGACGUGUAAACACCGUUGUUAGGAGGCACAACGAGUGGCUCCCUUAUUCCCCGCCGGAAGUCCUCCAGGUCGACACCGACGAGACUUACAAGGCUCAGACGUCUCACGACGUUUGGCAGUUUGGCAUAGUGGUUUUCGUGUGCCUGACAGGAUGUCUUCCCUGGCAAAAGGCAGCCAUGGAUGACCCGAGGUUCACCAGAUAUUUGACAUGGCACACCGCGACCUUAAACAUCGCCAAGAAGCCGAAACUCUUUCAGCUAAUCAGUUCGCGAGCCCAAAGGAUGUUUAAGAGACUGCUCGACCCUAAGGCGGAUAAACGCCCAGCGAGUGUCCUGGAAGUGAACAAGUUUCAGGAAGAUAGAUGGCUGGCAAGGCUCGGAGCAGAGAAGGCAUUAAAUGGCGGCGCAGAUGAGAGGGAUGAAUUGUGUCCAUCGAUGUACAGCUUCCACAGUUCCGUAGAGGAGAAGAAUCAACUUCUCUUCACCCUGACUCAAUAUGGGAUCGAGACGACGGUGGAUAGAUCGAAGAAGAAGGACCGCAUAAGGGAAUGGAUACAGGCGAGUGCCAUCGUGGAAGAGAACGAGGACGAGACUGACCCGGAGUUCGUGGAGGACUUCCACGAGGUGGACGAACACGAAGAGGAAGAAUUGAUCAACAUGAAGGGCAGGCAUUUCCCGGAGAGAAGACCAUCGAGUACGGCGAGAUCAUCAAAACCAUCAAACUCCCACAGCAGACAUAGACGAAAGAGCGACGACCGGACCUCCAAGCCCCAUCAGACGACCGCGACGAGGAGUAUCCAGAGGAAGAUUCCAUUUGCUCCACAAGUGGCAACGGAGAGACAGACAGUAGCUCGGUUCACCAGUUUCCCAAACGGGGACCCAAGUCUAGCCCUGAAGACGAAUGGAGCGAACCCCUUAGAGAUUAAGAACACCUCGGUAGCGGAUGCUGGUACCAAGUUCUGGCCUCACCAGCAAGUUACCAAUGUCAUGGUGGAGAACAGACGGGAGAAGGUGGAGCGGCAACCUCUUGGCAUGAAUGGUACCACUGGUACCAGUGGCAUUACCGGUACCAGUUCUUCAGGGAACAGUGGUAGCACCUCCCAGGACGGUUCCACGACAGUCGCCAGGUUAAGUCCACCUACAGGUGUCCUGGUAGCGGUACCAGCUGUUCCCUUGACAGACAUGAGGCAAAAGGAGUCCAGUUUAGAAAGGUCGGCUCCUAGAAGUCCCCAAGUCCCGGUCAGGAAACACAGGUCCCAGACUGCGCCUUUUCCUAAUCCUGAGGGAACCAGGACAGAGGUUCCUCAAGCUCGAAGGACGCAAUCGGCGGUUACAUUGUCCACGAUGAAACCUUCUAAUGAGUCGAAUGGGAUUAAAGUUAUGGUUAACACCACGGCGAAUCCCUUGACCAUGUCGGUCGCCUCUCAGCUGGUCAUGCAGAGCUUUAAUUCCCUGCAAGCCAUGAAUGUGGCUUUACCGGCGGUAACGCAGGAUUAUCAGGAGGAUACACCUCCGGUUCAAGAUGAACCAGCUAUCCAUGGGAAAGACAUUUAUGAACAUUAUGGGAUCACAACGCGGCCUGAUGUUAUCAGAUAUGGGUCCACGGGGAGUGGAAGCAGAUCCAUUAGCAAUUGAUAUCGGUUUAUUGAUACUUGAUGGGCUUGCAUGAAACUUCAACUAUUCGUGUAGGUUUUCAAUUUUUUCUUUGGCACGAGACCUCCACGGAGGAAUGGUCAGGGUAAUUACAGGUACCUUGCCGAGUGCCAAUUAUUUCUCGGCGCGAGUGCUGAGUGGUAAUUAUUUUCGAAUAUGAUUGAUUGAUGGAAGUUAUCUCGGGAGGUCCAGAUGUACCUUUAGAUCUUUUCUGGGCUAACGUGAUGUAAAGAGCUUAUGAAGAUUUAAGUAAAUGAUUAAAGACGACUCGUAAAUGAUUAUUGAUCGUCUUUCCUGUACAUUACUGGCGUAUCGAGAAUCGUGAUAGGAGUAAAUGUAAUUAACACUCCAUGAUAAAAAAAAAUUGUAAAUUUGGCCGUAUGUUUAAUUAAGUGGAAAUAAUCUUAAUGAAAGCAAUCGUCUCCAUGGAAUCAAUCAAUACACGAAUAUAAUGAUUUUCUGUUCGGUAAUAGGAUAUUGCUUGAAUCAAUUUCUUUUCUCUUGACGACAAAAAUUUCACCGAGAGGGAAAGAAGUUUUACCUGUUAUGUCUAUUGAAUAUUAAAGUAGGAUGACAAAAAUUCGGGAGAGGAAAUUCAGUUAUUUGUGAUAUCAAAGAAAAAGAUGAUUAAACGGUGAUAUGAGAUUUUAAUGCAAUUUCUCUCUUUCUGCCACAGAGAAAAAAAAAAUACCCCCCAGCGAUGAUGGCGUAAACUGCGGACUUGUAUAAAUUUAGUUUACUUGACACGUACGUUUCUACUCAAUUUGUAUGUCUACUUCUGUAAUAGGAAUGUCAGAGAAUGAUAUUAAGAAACGCUUAAGGUGUAUUCCAAAAUAUUCUCCAUCGUCACUUAGGUUUAUUAAAAUUACUGCGUGUUUCUAUUUCCAUUUGUAUAAUUACCGUGCAAAUGUGCUGUAAUAAAAAGUCCUGAAAAAUGGAGAAAAUA